AGCAUCACAGUGGUAUCGCGGCGCUUAGCGCAAGUCAGCUGGAGUCCGGUGUGUGUGCGUGUGAAACAGUGGCUCGCGGACCCGCUCUGGUUUCUCUUCUGUCGAAAAUAAUAUUUGGGUUUUCAUGUCACGUAUCCUUUCCAAUAUUUUUACAAUAACAGGAUAACUAUGCAGAAACUACUAAAUUAACGCUGAUAUUAGGAUUUUUUAUGGCUUCGAUUUCGUAAGUCAACAAUAAAAUCAUUUGACCCCGUGUCCGAAAGAACGUAAAGUGCAAACGUACUCAUAAUGUCAGUAUUUAUAAAUAAAUGAAUUAAACACUAAAUGAAUCAAUUUUUACAUUAAUAUGAUAUUGCGAGAAGUGAAAUUAUGAAGUGUUGUUUAAAGCUUUCCCUGGGUUUAUGAUCGUUACAUGUUUCUGAUGUAAAUCAACAGAUUUGGGCCUUUCAUCAGGACACUAAACAGAUGUUGUCAUUUCUGGGCUUGCUGUAACUACGAUCGUAAAUUAGGUGGUAUCCACAAAGAAACAAUGUAGUAAUUUUGUUUAGAAAAUUAAAUUCCUAACACAAAGACGUAAAAAAUAAUUCAUUUCAAUGAACACAGCAUUCAUGUACUUAUUUGUUCGUAAUUUGAAUGACGGACUUUCUAAUUGUGCGGUGUACAGUCAGCAUAUAAUACUUACAUUAUCAAAUUUACAGACACUUGUAACAAAUACAUACAAAAAUAUCUGAAGUGUUUUUUUGUCGAGUAAGGACAGUGAAAGGGACAAACUUGCGCAAGGAAGAGCUGUAUAUUUUUUGUAACAAUAACUGUAUAUAUUUUAAUCUCUUAUAUUUAAAAUAAUUAGUAAUAUACGUUUUUAACCAAUUUAAAACUUUGCACCGCUGAAAGAAAGACAUCGUGAAGAAUGCCUUCAACAAACACCUUCUGACAUUAGCCCACCAUUUCGUCAGUGAACAGUGUUUCUGAAGUAGUAAUAUAUAUAUUGCUGAAGGAUGUUACUGGAAGGAGGUUAAUUUAUUUGACUGAUGAGAGCAGUUCUAUGAUUACAGUGGCUGAGCGGCAUACUGAUAAUUACAGUUUAGUGGUGAUAUUUGUCUGAUUCUUCAAACUAACAGUUUGGUUCACAAAAGCAAAGAGUGUUGUUAUAAUUAAAUUCUGAAUUAUGAGCAAGAAUUAUUUUCUAUGUUCUACAUCAACCAUCUGGCUUAACUAAAUAAGGUGAUUUUAUUUAAUACAAGUAUCUUUCCAUCUUGAUAACAGAUUAUAAUUAAUUAUUACGAAACAAUUUAGUAAUUUAUAUACUACAUGUUAGUGACUCGGUGUUGCUUCGCAGGCUGAUACUUGGUGUAUUGACGUCGAUUAAAAAUAUAUUUAAGUUACGAAUUUGGCAUAUCAGAACUUUGUAAUUAUUAAAUUUUAAAAUAAUGCUUCAUGUUAUUAAACACUAUGAAACUCUGGUUUCAGACCCUUAAUGUUUUCUUUUUUGAUUGUUUCAAAUUUUAAUUAUUAAUUUUAUUACGAACUUUUUAUGAGAACUUUUUAACGAACUGUAUUUUGGUGACUGGUUAUUAAUUUUCUAGAGUAGGUGCUUGUUUCUUACCGCUGUUUGAUCCGUAUUUACCAUAAACUUUGUUAACAAGAACUUGGUUAACAGAUGGUACUGAAUUAUAAAAGGACACUCGACAUGAGAUAAAAAACUUUAUAUAAAUUACGAACAUUAAGGACUUAGAACUUUUAACCAAACCUUAAUCUGCAGUAAGUCCCAGUGUAUUUGAAGACCUACGCCAUACUUCCAUCGUCUGUUUUUCCACGAAGAAGUGACGUCACACGGUAAAUUAAAUCCCUUAUGGUUAAGCCAACAGUAGCUGUAGUGCAUUUCUGUGCAAAAGUGCCGCUUAUGUAUGUCACUUGAGGGAAGUGAAGUGUUUUCCGAUGGAGUUCAUAGGGUUGGGGUGAUACACAAGCAGAUGGACAUCAAGUGGUUACCUUGUUAUCAGUGAAUACGUGAAAACUGUGCUACCUCAGUGGGUAUAUAUCAGAUAAUAACUUCCGCUGAAACACGCUGAAUAAAUAUUGACACGAACUCAGGUCAUGCAUCUGGACGUUUUGUGUUCCUGUGUCAAUCAGCUGGACUUUAUUGAAGAAAAGAGAUGAUUGAUGUGUCAGACUUUGACUUAGAUUUUACGUAAUUUCAUAUCGAUUGAUGCUUUAAAUAUUUAACGUUAAUUAUUUAUGUAACUGCUUUAAUAUUAUUAACCAUACAUUAAUGGCAUUGAUGUUUUAAUGUCAUAAAAUAUAUGGUACGAAUUGCAUAAAAAUGCAAUUUAUUCUACAAGAUAAUUCAAGUGGAACUUAAAGUGUUUGUGCCUUUACAUUUUCAUACCCUCAUAAGACUUACUAAAGACAGAAGUAUUAAUACAGUUUCCAUAACAACUAGAUAUACUGCAAACGCCACUUGAAUGUAUGAAAAGAAAAUAAGGCUUGAAAUCAAAUAUGGAAAUAAGAACAACUUAAUACUUUUUUUAAUAUUGUGAUGCUGCGUAGGUUACGUACAAAUUCAGAAUCAUUAACGUAAGCAGAUGACAUUUUAUUAUUCGGUUCGUUAAGGGUUUUCUUCAGUGACGAAGAUAAUAAUAAGAAUUUUCAUAUGAGCUGUUUGCUUUAGUACAUCAAGGGAUUCUCAUGAAGGUACCAGGAGCAACACGGACAUAACAUCUAAAAUUUUAUAAGACGCUGAGGAGUUCCGAGUCAGAAUGGAGUGGUGGAACAUCAACAACUCGUUGACGGCCGUACCUCAGAGAAUUCUGCGUCCACGAGAGGCAUCCAGCGGCGACUCACCUACCUGGCAGCUAGAACACAACAUCACUGCCUACAUCCGAAACAUGUCCUGGGUUCUGAACGCUACCAUCGACCAAGGAAUUCUCAAUGAAUUCGCCCGCAAUCGAGUAGUUGAAGACCCCGCCUUCUCGGCACUCAUAUUUGUAUACAGUGUUUUGAUAAUUGUUGGUGCGGCUGGAAACAGCCUCGUGGUAUGUGCAGUUGCCAGAAAGCCUGCCAUGCGUACAGCCAGAAACAUGUUUAUCGUGAACCUCGCCGUGUCAGAUCUCCUCCUCUGUCUCAUAACCAUGCCACUGACACUUAUGGAAAUCCUGACAAAGUAUUGGCCACUUGGGAGAUACCCAUUCGUGUGCAAGAUGCUAGGUACUUUACAAGCUACAAGCAUAUUUGUAUCAACCAUAUCUAUUACAGCGAUUGCUCUUGACAGAUAUCAAGUUAUUGUUUAUCCAACAAGAGAGAGCUUACAGAAACUUGGAGCUGUUAUAAUCCUUAGUUGCAUCUGGGUAUCUGCAAUCAUUCUUGCAAGUCCGAUGUUUUUUUGGCGAACGUUGAAACAACACGAUAUUCACCUUCCCAGUAUCGGGAUUGAAUAUAUAGCAUAUUGUCUCGAAGAAUGGCCUGUUGAACACGGACGUGCGUAUUACUCUCUCUUCUCCCUAGUGGUCCAGUACGUUCUCCCAAUCAUAACCGUCAGUGUUGCUUACUCCAGGAUAUGCCGCAAGUUGAGGUAUCGUUACGUGAAUUCUUCAGCCGUCGGAUCGUCUUCAAAGAACAAAGCUUGCACAUCGUCAACGAACAGAAGGAAACCAAAAAGUGACAAAAGAAUGAAACGAACUAAUUCGUUACUCGUCUCCAUAAGUUUAAUUUUCUGUAUCAGUUGGUUACCUUUAAAUAUAUUUAAUCUUGUUGUGGAUUAUUGGAAUCCAUUUGGUGAAGAUCGCCAAUCCAUGAUGAUAUGGUAUGCAGUUUGUCAUAUGAUGGGCAUGUCUUCAGCGUGUUCAAAUCCUUUGCUUUAUGGAUGGUUAAAUGAUAAUUUUCGUAAAGAAUUCAAAGAAAUUUUAGCGUCAUUGUUCCCAUGUAUUCCUGUAGAAGCUGUGAGGGAAAGAGUGGGGUCAUUGAGGUCAAGUGUGUCCAAAAGGAGAAGGAAACUCAUAGGAGCUGGGACCUCAGUGGGCGGUGUUUCAGCAGGUAACUGCAGUGGGGGUCAAGAUGAUCGUCAGUCAUUACGAAGAGGGGAGUGUCUCAGUACCAGGGACCAGGAGGAAACUGUCAUGGAUGCUGGAGCAGUGAGCAACUAUAGGAGAGGCCCUGAAACCAUGACAACGGAGAACGGACUCCAAGGAGAUACGGAGAUGACGGUGCUUACGAGAGCCUGAAGACAGGAUUCACCAGAGCGGGUUAUGGAAACGGACGAUUUGGAGAAAAAGGAAUGAUUAAAGACUUCGCUUACCGAGAAGACCGCAUUUUCUGAUUUAUACACUGUUGCCAUGGCUACAGCGUGAAUCUAGAAGCUGUAAGAAACUCCUAAAGGAAAUCGUUUCUCUUCAGAAACUUUUUCCAUGAAAAGCGUUUGUUGAUUGUGGCGUUAUUGUACAAGAAGUUGCGUGCAUUUGAAGAGGUGAAGUAUAAUUUAAGUUAUGCAAAUAUAUUAUUAAAACAUUAACAUAUUAUUAAACAAACGUUACUUAUAUUUUCAUACCAUAUAGAUACUUAAUAUGAAAUUUAUGUACGGAAAUUGUGAUUGAUUUAAAAGUGUUUUUUUUUUUUUGUUACUCAUGUCUUUCCUGUUAUCUGCGUGGAUGUGAGUUAAGAAACACGUCCAGUGUGUUUCACGAAAAUAGUGAAGUGAAGAAUUUCAGCUGAAGUUUUCGCUGUGAUGGUUCCACUGACUGCGAAAGAAAUGUUACUUCAGAGCAUAGUGAUGUCAUCAAAGUGAAAGCACACGACAAAAUGUGAGAAGGGAGGGAAUUUAUUAUGCCAUGUUCUUUAAAGAAACUUUGCUUUAACUUCGUUUUAUAAAUUUCACAAAAAAUGUUGUUUGUCAGAAAUUAUGAAUAUUAUUUUAUCGAUUUAAAUGUAGGACAGCCAAUAUAUUCCUAUGGAAUCGAUAUUACGUCGCAUUAUUAGAUAUAUUUAGUCACUGUACAAUACAUAAUGUAUUUUUUUAGUCACUAAGGCAGAUAGGCCCUAUUUGUCGUAAAAUUCUUCGUGGUUUUGUCUGUUACCCUGGCAAUGUUCAUGUAUCUUUCCACGCGAUCAGCAUUGUCAUCUGUGAUGUAAUUCGACAUUGUCAGGUAGAAGUCCAGCGACGUUUCGGAUGAAUAUAUUUCCUCGAUCAUCAGAGUUGAAUAUUAAGUCAAAAGCCUAAACAGAACACGGUAUUAUAUUUCUGGACAUUAUCCGUCGUACUGUUUUUAUUUAAAGCACAGUGUUUCGGAGACGAAUCUGUCUCCGUCUUCAGGUGGAACCUACUCUGUUGGGCCCAAUCGAUGGAAAUAGUCUCUAUCUCCCAGCGAGAAGCAAACAAAGAGAUCAAAGUGUGGAAAUAUUGAUGUUGAUGCAAGGCCCGUGGUGGAACCCAGAGGGAACCAAUAAGAGCUGGUUCUUGGCUUACGCUUCAACCCUAAAGAUGGAGACAUUACGUGCCUCCUAAAUGUUGGCGAAAUUCUUCUAGACAUUUUGGCAUCAGAUCCAACGAGCUAGACCUCUUUAUGUCGCAGCUAUGGGAAAGUCGAAAUCAACAUAUUUUUAUGUGCCUGUUUAUGCAAUUUUAUCCUUGGAUUAGGAGCUUUUCCAAACGGCUAAACAUGUGAUUUACUGUAUAAUAUUUGAGGCUUUCACGGCGGUGACUAUGAAGAAAGCAGUCUUCUGGGAUUUGGCACCGUGUA